AUGAUUUACGCACUUUUGUAUAUUUUAACUGUGCUUGCUCAAAGUGGUAAUCCAACUAAACCUACAACAAGUUCGGUAUCGGCAAGUGUUUCGAGCGUGUCUUCUAAGCAAAAUGGCAGCAACACAUCUUCAGCGUCCAAGAGCGAGUCUAAGGCUUCCAGCUCUGUUCCUUCAAGUGUAUCUGCCUCUAAGAUUGUCUCUAGCAGCACAAUAUGUGUCGAAUGCUACAACAAAAUUAAAACUAAAGACUGCCAGCCAUGCGAAUGCAAGUGUGGGGAUGGCACAAAAUACACAUUCUCGCAGCCCGAAAAGAAUAGCCAGUGUCCUAGGAAUCCCGAGAAUGUUCCAUGUGCAUGUAAAGAUGAUUUGGGACAUAUUAAAGAAGAUGCAACCUAUGUAAAAGGAGUAACAAAGGGAAACUCGUGUGUAAGUGAUUAA